AAAAUACGUGACCAUGUUGCCGAUGAAUCCAGCAUCACCUGGAUGCUCGGGGCACUGUGAAAGAAAAGUACCGGACUGUUAUCCGAUACCUCGCGUCGCGAUCACCUCAACAUUCAAGGCGCCGGUCCAUAUUGAUGUCGGAGGUGUCAUCUACACUUCUUCGCUCGAAACCCUUACAACUUACCCGGAUUCAAAACUGUCACGGAUGUUUUCCGGUACCAUACCGAUCGUCCUAGACACCCUGAAACAACAUUACUUCAUCGACAGAGACGGUGGAAUGUUCCGUCACAUCCUCAAUUUCCUGCGCAACCAGAAGCUCUUGAUACCUUUCGAUUUUCCGUAUUUGGAGCUACUGAUUGCUGAAGCCAAAUAUUUCGAGUUGCAUGAGAUGGUUUAUGCAUUACUUAUGUUGAGGAAUCAGCGCGAGGAACUGAACUUUGAGAAUCAGUGGAAUGCCCAAGACGUGGCUCUCAUGGACGAGGAAGUCAUGUGGGAUUGAUUUCAAUAAAUUCUUGGACUAUUCACUACACGACACUGGCGACGAAUCCUGGAUCAGAUUUCCUUUCAAUCAUUAUGAAGAAAAAAAAUCACAGCGAAAUUAAUUUUAUUUAAAUGUGUCAAUUUUAAAUGAAUAUUAUUUAAC